AGACUGAAUCCGUGUCUGUCCGGGGAGUUGGAAAGACUAGGGACCAAGGCUUUGCUAAAGGAUUUUGGACAGCCAGGACUAGAAGAUGCUUGGAACAGUCUUCCUGCUACUGGUUGCUCUCUGUGCCAGCGGGGGGUUUGGUGAGGAACGAGAAGAGGUGCAGAGACCUGGUCAUGUUUCUGUGAUCAUAGUGGGGUCAACGGGGGACCUGGCACGUAAAUACCUGUGGCAGGGAUUCUUCCAGCUGUACGUUCACCAGGUCAGUAGCGGUCACACCUUUUCCUUCUAUGGAGGAGGACUGUCCCCUGCAGAGAAGGCCACACCUGUCCUCUUUGAGAUCCUGAAGGCAGUCACGUGCUCAAAGGAUGUAUCGCCGGAACGGUGUGCCAUCAUAAAAGACCAGUUCCUGCGGCUCUCGCAGUAUCGGCAGCUGAAAACUGUGGAGGACUACCAGCACCUGGCCAAGCACAUAGAGCAACAGCUUCAGCAAGAGGGCAUGAGCGAGGCAGGGAGACUCUUCUACCUCUCUGUUCCAGCUUUUGCAUAUGCAGACAUCGCUGAGAAGAUUAACAGCACUUGUAGGCCAACCGGUGGGCCUUGGCUGAGGGUCGUGCUCGAGAAACCUUUUGGACACGACUAUAACAGCGCUCAAGUGCUCGCAACUCAACUUAGGAGCUUUCUGAAUGAAGAUGAAAUGUACAGGAUUGAUCACUAUUUGGGAAAACAGGUUGUGUCAAAGAUACUUCCCUUCAGGACAGAGAACGGAAAGGUUUUGGAUCGCAUCUGGAACAGGCACCACAUCGAGAGAAUAGAGAUUGUUUUGAAAGAGACCCUGGACUGUAAAGGUCGUGCUGCCUUCUACAAUGAGUACGGGGUGAUCAGAGAUGUCCUGCAGAACCACCUCACCGAGGUCAUGACGCUACUGACCAUGAAGCUCCCUGCGAACGUGAGCAACAGUGAAGAAGUUCUUCGAAACAAGCUGCAGGUCCUCGGUUCCAUGCUACCUUUAGGAAAGAACCAAGCUGUGGUUGGACAGUACCAAGCCUACAAAACUGAGAUCCAGCAGGAGCUGAAUAAAACAAAGGAUCACGUGAGCCUAACUCCAACAUUUGCAGCUGUCCUGGCCCACAUGGACGAGCCUCAGUAUGAAGGGGUGCCUAUUCUUCUCAUCUCAGGGAAAAUGUUAGACGAACGAGUGGGAUAUGCACGCAUACUUUUUAAGAAUGAUGUGUUUUGCGUUCAGAACCACCACAGCGUUCUCUGCAAGCCCAAACAGAUAGUGUUCUACUUUGGCCACGGCAGUCUUCAGUACGCUGCCGUCCUUGUCAGUAAGAAUUUAUUCAAGCCAGUUUUAAAAGACCACGAGUGGAAGGAAGUGACUGAGCAUGCGGACGUCAACAUUUUAGGUCUUCACAUUUCAGACUACUAUGUCCAUACUCUGAUAAAGGAAAAGGAAGCUUAUGCAGAACUUAUAUCUCACGUCUUAGCUGGACGAAAGAAUAGUUUCAUCAGUACUGAAAACCUGUUGGCCUCCUGGGGUUUAUGGACACCGCUUCUCAUUGGCCUGACCGGCUCUUUCCCCCGAAUCUACCCUGGUGGUGCCGACAACGGAGACAUGCUAGAUGUCCAUCUGAAAGGGAAAGAGAUCCACUACAGCAGCGAGGUGCUAAUAAUCGAACCUGAUCACGUAGGAGGCACGGCGGCUAACAGUUUCCAGGUGAUGCAGGGCAAGUUUCGCAGCACCGACAUGGUGUCUGCCUGGACUGAGGAGCUGGUUGAGAGGCUGGCUGCAGACAUGGAGGAAGCAGCCGUGGCAGCGGUGAACACGGGCACCGUUUUCCAUCUCGCCCUGUCUGGAGGGUCGACUCCUCUUGCUUUGUUCCACCGGUUGGCUCUGCACCACUUCGCCUUCCCCUGGUGGAACACCCAUGUGUGGAUGGUGGAUGAGCGCUGCGUGCCGCAGACUGAACCGGAGUCCAACUUCUACAACCUGCACCAACACCUGCUGCAGCAUGUGAGGAUACCCUAUUACAACGUGCACCCCAUGCCUGUGCAGCUCAACCAGCGGCUGUGUGUGGAGGAGGAUGGAGGAGCACUGCUGUACGAGACGGAGCUCAGCAGACUGGUUAAUGGCUCCAGCUUUCACUUCGUGCUGCUAGGUGUUGGAUACGAUGGCCACACAGCCUCCCUGUUCCCCCGUGGGAAGCUGAGUGAACUCGGGGAAAAUCUGGUAGCGCUCACGGAGAGCCCCACCAAGCCUCAUCAGCGCAUGAGCCUCACUUUCAGUGCUAUUAACCGAGCACGCAAGGUUGCUCUGUUGGUGAUGGGCAAAGGCAAACAUGAGCUGGUUACCCAGCUGAGCCGAGUGAAGGACACUGCAGACAAAUAUCCCGUCACUGGAGUGAAACCUGCUAAUGGCAGCCUUGUCUGGUAUAUUGACUAUGAUGCACUUUUAGGGUAGGAGGGUUUAUAUUUUUAAACUUUCAGACUUAAAUUCUCUGAAGCUGCUUCAUCUGGAUCCCUGGUUGGUGGAAAAAGACUAAAUAUGAACCAUCCCAGAGAGGACAAGUACACGUUGUAGUUUAACUACAAACCAAAGAUACUUGAUAUUACUCUUUUUAAUGUUCUGUUUACUUUUCCCCCAGUUUGAGUUUAAUCAGAACAGAAAAAAUGUUUUUGUAAUUUAUUAAUUUAAAGGCUUUGUGCAACAUUUUAACCCAUUGGCAUCGAGGGGGUGGGUAAUAUUUCAUUUAUGCUGGUAGUUAGGGAUGCACAAUAUUAUCGGCAUGGUAUCAUUCUCGGCAGAUAUUAGCGAUAAA